CCCCGGGCCCCUCGGACAAACGGAAUCAGUCCUUGUCCUUCUGUGCCUGGUGUGUUUCCCUGAGCACGAUGUCCUGGGGGUCCGUCCACGUUGUGGCAUGGGUCCGCUUCCUGACUUCUUAAGACUGAAUAACAUCCCCCCCUGUGUAUGGCCCACAUUCUGUCUCUCGGUUCCACUCUCGGUGAACCUGCCUGACGGUCUUUCAACCUCUGUCGUUUCCCUUCUUUCCUCAGCGUGCAAAGCGCGGGCCGUGCUGUGGUGGCACUCUUAGUGUCUUGUCUGAAAAGCGUUGUCCUCCCCAAAGCCCUCCGCCGUUUCCUGGCCGCAGUUGCGUUAAUCGAGGACGUGGUGUGUGGUGUGGCCGCAAAGGGUGACAUGUUACAGGCGGGGACGGUAAACAGUUCGGGGAGGGUGGGCGCUUCUCAGAUUCAGGGACACUCUGUCCACGUACCGACAGCAUGAUGUCAUAGUCCAGAGCCCGGAUUCUGGGGCACGCAGGCAAGUUCCUUACGUGCCUCGGUGGCUCCAUCCGUGAAGGGGGGUGGAGGGAGCGCCUCCCUCGGGGGUCGUUCGGAUGAGACACAGGACAGUGUGUCCAGUGCCGAAGCGGGGCCAGUCCGUGGUGGUUUUCAGCAAAUACUGCAACUCCAGUGACAUCAUGGAUCUGUUCUGCAUUGCCACCGGCCUGCCUCGGAACACAACCAUCUCUCUGCUGACCGCGGAUGACGCCAUGGUGUCCAUCGACCCCACCAUGCCUGCCAAUUCAGAACGCACCCCGUACAAAGUGAGACCGGUGGCCAUCAAGCAGCUGUCUGAGAAAGAAGAAUUAAUCCAGAGCAUGCUGACCCAGGUCGUAGAACAGUUCUCAAGAGCGUUUAAGAUCAACGAACUCAAAGCCGAAGUCGCGAAUCACCUGGCCGUGCUCGAGAAGCGCGUCGAACUGGAAGGCCUGAAAGUGGUGGAGAUUGAGAAAUGCAAGAGUGACAUCAAGAAGAUGCGGGACGAGCUGGCGGCCCGAAGCAGCAGGACCAGCUGUCCCUGUAAGUACAAUUUUGUGGAUACCAACAAGAAGAUGACGCCCCGGCGUGACGUCCCCGCUUACCCCAAGUACCUGCUCUCUCCAGAGACCAUCGAAGCGCUCCGGAAGCCCACCUUUGACGUCUGGCUCUGGGAGCCCAACGAGAUGCUGAGCUGCCUGGAGCACAUGUACCACGACCUGGGCCUGGUCCGAGACUUCUCCAUCCACCCCGUCACGCUCAGGAGAUGGCUGCUCUGCGUGCACGACAACUACAGAAACAACCCUUUCCACAACUUCCGGCAUUGCUUCUGCGUGACCCAGAUGAUGUACAGCAUGAUCUGGCUCUGCCGGCUCCAGGAGAAAUUUUCCCAAAUGGAUAUCUUGAUUCUAAUGACGGCAGCCAUCUGUCACGAUUUGGAUCACCCAGGGUACAACAACACGUACCAGAUCAACGCCCGCACGGAGCUGGCCGUCCGUUACAAUGACAUCUCGCCCCUGGAGAACCACCACUGUGCCGUGGCCUUUCAGAUCCUCGCCCAGCCCGAGUGCAACAUCUUCACCAACGUGCAGCCGGACGGGUUCAAGCAGAUCAGACAGGGGAUGAUCACUCUGAUUCUAGCCACUGACAUGGCAAGACACGCAGAAAUUAUGGAUUCUUUCAAAGAAAAAAUGGAGAAUUUUGACUACAGCAACGAACAGCAUGUGACCCUCCUGAAGAUGAUUCUGAUAAAAUGCUGUGAUAUCUCCAACGAGGUGCGUCCGAUGGCAGUUGCAGAACCUUGGGUGGACCGCUUAUUGGAAGAGUAUUUCAUGCAGAGCGACCGCGAGAAGUCGGAAGGCCUUCCCGUGGCCCCUUUCAUGGACCGGGACAAAGUGACCAAAGCCACGGCCCAAAUUGGGUUCAUCAAGUUUGUCCUGAUCCCCAUGUUUGAAACGGUGACCAAGCUCUUCCCUGUGGUCGAGGAACUCAUGCUGCGGCCCCUUUGGGAAUCCAGAGACCGUUACGAGGAACUGAAACAAAGAGAUGACUCCGUGAAAGAGAGGGAGACGGAGAGCUUGACGGCGGGGGGCACCGACACGUCGUCGUCGAGAGAGAAAACCAGAGAUGUGAGAAACAGAGAAGAGGGUGCUAUUCUGAACUGACGUCUCGAUGCACAUGACGGAGCCUGGAGGAGGCAGGACGAUGCGGGCCGUGGUUCUGGACCAGACUGGCCGAGCCUCGCGAGCCGUCCGCACGGGGGAGAAGUUCAUUCCGAGCGCCUGACUCCACGAGACCACGUUUUCUAAGAACUGUUUUGUUCACUGAUA